UAAUGCAAUGCAUAGGUAAAGGUGUGACCAAUGAGUGAAAUGCAGUGAAUGUAUUGAAUUGAGUGAAGGGAUCGUCGAUUGGGUGACAAAAAUGGCUGAAUUGUGACGAAACACACAAACAUUUGUUUCACUUAUUUUUAUUAUUAUUAUUAUUUCAAACAAUAAUUAUAUCGCAAAUACUAAUAAUUAUUUUUGUAAUUCAAAAACCUAUUUAUAAUAUAAUCAGUUAUUUUGUUUGUUUAUCCGUUAUUAUUAUUAUUGUUAAUGUUAUUCAAAAAAAUAUAUUAUUAUUAUUAUAGUUAUGUUAUUAUUGUUGUUGUUGUCCACCAAAUGAGAUGAUAUAUGAUUUAGUGAUGAAGACUUGUUUUGUCGUCAACUAAUCCACAGUUUAUUUACGCUAAAUGUAUAAUCAUUUGUGAAACUUAUAAUAAAACGAAAGGAAAGAAACUUUAAAAGAAAGAGACAAAUCAAACGCCAAAAAAUGGAUUCAAUAGCUGAUCACAAUCGACGCCAACGACUAACAGAACUCGAGGAUCACAUUCUUAACCAUAAAUCCGAACUCAGUGUCGACGGACUAUUGGAUUGUGUUCAGGCAUUAGUCACCGAUUGUAAUCAUCCACAGCUUAGAAGACUUAAAAAUAUUGAGGCAUAUCUUCAGAGAUAUGAACUUUCAAGUGAUUUAAUAAUCAACUGUCGAACAAAACCUGAAGAUUUUUCUGUGAUUAAAAUUAUUGGUCGGGGAGCUUUUGGUGAAGUCCAGUUAGUUAGGCAUAAGUCCACCAAACAGGUCUACGCAAUGAAAUUAUUGAGCAAAUUUGAAAUGAUAAAGAGAUCCGAUUCAGCUUUUUUCUGGGAAGAAAGGUUUAUUAUGGCUUAUGCUAAUACUGAUUGGAUUGUUAAGCUGCACUUUGCCUUUCAAAAUAGUCAAUACUUAUAUAUGGUUAUGGAUUAUAUGCCGGGCGGCGAUUUGGUUAACUUAAUGAGCAAUUAUGACGUACCAGAAAAAUGGGCAAAAUUUUAUUGCGCUGAAGUGGUAUUAGCUGUCGAUUCCAUCCAUUCAAUGGGUUUUGUACACAGAGAUGUCAAACCCGAUAAUAUGUUACUCGACAAGAGAGGCCAUCUAAAACUUGCCGAUUUCGGUACGUGUAUGAAAAUGGACGUGGAUGGAUUAGUUAGAAGUGAUACCGCAGUCGGUACUCCCGAUUACAUAUCUCCAGAAGUAUUGAAAUCUCAAGGAGGCGAAGGAUGUUAUGGUCGUGAAUGUGAUUAUUGGUCUAUCGGUGUAUUCCUAUACGAGAUGCUUGUCGGCGACACACCAUUCUAUGCCGAAUCUUUAGUCGGCACUUACGGCAAAAUUAUGGAUCAUAAGAAUUCUCUACAUUUUCCCGAAGACGUGGACAUAUCAAAAGAGGCCAGACAUCUCAUUUGUUCGUUCUUAACCGAUCGAUCACAACGAUUGGGUCGUAACGGUGUCGACGAGAUUAAGAGGCAUCCAUUUUUCUAUAACGAUCAGUGGAAUUUCGAUAAUAUCAGAGAUUGUGUGCCACCAGUUGUUCCUGAAUUGAUGAGUGACGACGACACCAGUAAUUUCGAUCCGAUYGAUAAGGAUGACACAACUGAAGAAAGCUUUCCAGUAACCAAAGCGUUUGCCGGCAAUAAUAUGCCGUUUGUUGGCUUUACCUAUUCGAGUGAUUAUCAACUAUUAUCGAAAGAUAGCCGAAAAAGAAACGGUUCCGUUGAGCCGGACUGCGGUGUCAAACGUAAAGUCGAAAAACUUGAAGAAGACUUACACAGAAUAACAUCUAUUAAUGAAGAGAUUGAUAAUAAAUAUCGUAUAACAUUAGCACAACUCGAUAAACAAAGUGAUAAUAUAGUGACACUCAGGAGUGAAAAGUUGGAACAAGAGAAGGCUAUUACUGUCUUAAGGCAUGACAUCAAAGAAGCCCAAAGAAAGUAUGAACUCGAAUGUGAUAAUAGACGUAAAGUUGAGACAAAAAUCAGUGAAUUAUGGGCGAAGUUGGAACAGGAACAGAGUCUUAGGUCACAACUAACACAUAGCACACAACAUACUAAUGAAAAGUUUGUAGUUUUAGAGAAACAGUUCCAGAAUCUGAGCGAUAAAUAUAAAACAGAAUCGGAAAAUAGUGUAAAAUUCAAGAAAUUAAACGCAGAAUUGACAUUAAAUCUAUCAAACAAAGAGAAAUUUAUCGAUGAAUUGACUGAGAAAAUAGAUGUCUUCCAAAAAGUUAAUACAAAUCAAGCAAUUGAUAUCCAGAAUCUUCAGAAACAAUUGGAUAAAGUGAACAACUCUUGGGUACAAAUUAAUGAAAGAUUUCAGGAAUUAGAAAGUCAUAAGCAACUGAUUGAUAAUGAAUUGGAUAUUCUUCGGGAAAGAGAGGCCACAACUGCUAUCGAUAAUCAGAGACUUAACGAUACAAUUGCUGAUUUAGAAAAGGAGAGAACUAUGUUAUCCUAUGAGUUGAGUACAUCUCAGAAAUUGUUGGAAAGCAAUGUUCGCGAAGACGUCUUAGUUUCAUCCAAUGCCGCCGACAAACAGCGGUCACAUGAAAACAAUGAUUUUGAAUCAAUUAAAGUUCUUCAAAUGAAAUUCAAUGAAGAGAAGAAUUUGCGACAAAAGUUUGAGAGUCAGUCCCAGGAAAAAGAGCGACAAAUUUCAAUGAUUAAUGUCGACUAUAAGAAACUGAUGCAACAAAUACAGAAAGUCGAAGGAGAACUCAGACAAGAAACAGAUAAAACAAAAGCACUUAAAAUACAAUUGGAUGACGACGUCAACAAACGAUCGAAUCUACAAAUGGGUUUCAAAGAACAAACUGAAGAGUUGAUUAAUUUAAGACAACGAGAUAUUAAGCGAACCAAAGAAAUUAAUGACUUAAUGGAUAGCAAAAAGAAGACCGACGAAGAAAUCAUGCGAUUGAAAAAUGACUUAUCAUUAGAUGAGUUACAAAUGAAAGAACUUCAGGAUCAACUCGAAGCCGAACAAUAUUUUUCAUCAUUAUAUAAAACUCAAGCAAAAGAACUGAAAGAAGAACUUGAAGAACGACAGAAAUUAGUUAACGAUAUGGAAGAAGAAAAGAGUAAUCUCUGCCAUCAAAUAGAAAUAGCAUUGGCCAGAGCCGAAACCGAAGGUAUAGCCCGUCGACAGGCCGAAGAACUUAUUGCAGAUUUAGAGAAAGAGAAAGCCAUUCGUGAACUAGAAAUCGAAGACAUUGAAAGACGAUUGAGAUCUGAAUUGAACAGCAAAGACGAUAUAAUCAAUGGUUACGCCAAUAAAGAAAAUGAAUACUCAAAAACCAUUGAAAUUAUUACAAAAGAAAAAGAGGAAUCAAAUACUAAAAUACAUCAUAUGAAUCAAGAAAUGAAUAAUUACAUCAAUCAAACAGUUCAUAACGACAAAGUAGAACAAUUGACUAAACAAUUACAACAGGAAAAACUAUUGAAACAACAAGCUGUCAACAAAUUAGCUGAAAUAAUGAACAGAAGAGACAUGAAUGUGAGCGGUAAGAAAAGUAAGGGCUCUUCGGCUGAUUUGAGACGCAAAGAGAAAGAGUGUCGAAAAUUACAACAAGAUUUGACAACUGAAAAAGAAAAUUACAAUCAAAUGGUUUCCAGGUUUCAGAAAGAAUUAUCUGAAAUGCAAGCCGUACUUUACGAGGAAAGUCAGCUCAAAGUUAAACUACAAAUGGAGUUGGACUCGAAAGACGCCGAAAAUGAACAGUUAAGACAAAAGAUAGCAAUGAGAAUGUCAAACGAACAGCUGACCAAUAGUUCCAUCAAAGAGUUUGAUACUAAUGAUAUCGAGAACUUAAGAUUAGAGGGUUGGCUAUCGAUUCCCAAUAAACAAAAUAUUAGACGACAUGGUUGGCGAAAACAAUACGUAGUUGUGUCAAGUCGUAAGAUUAUCUUCUAUAACAGCGAAGUCGAUAAAGCAAAAGCUGAUCCGGCGCUCAUUCUUGACUUAAGCAAAUUAUUUCAUGUCCGAUCAGUAACACAAGGUGAUGUUAUUAGAGCUGACGCUAAAGAAAUACCACGAAUAUUUCAACUGUUAUAUGCCGGAGAAGGAGAAAGUAGAAAACCAGGAGAUAUUGGACAUCAACCAGAGAUACCCAAAGAUCCGACAACUGUUGAACACAAAGGACAUGAUUUUAUUCMAAUCAGUUAUCAUAUGCCCACCACUUGUGAGGUCUGUCCCAAACCCAUGUGGCAUAUGUUUAAACCUCCUCAGGCUCUGGAAUGCAGGCGGUGUAGAGUUAAACUACACAAAGAGCACUUGGAUAAGAAAGAAGAGGUGAUCGCUCCGUGCAAAGUCAACUACGAUCCUAAUACAGCUAAAGAGCUGUUAUUGUUGGCCAUGUCUCUCGAGGAACAGCAACAAUGGGUACAGAAGUUAAGAAAAAAGAUUGAGAAAUGCGGUUACGCUGCCAAUCAAGACUCAAAGUCACUCAGAUCGGCGAACAGUACUCAAAAUUUAGUGAAAUCUGCGUCAAUGAAGGCGUCGACAUUACCUCCUAUAAUGCCUACAAAUAAUAAUAAUAAUAAUAACAAYAACAACAACAAAAAGUCUUAAAAAAGUCGAUCAAACUCUUA